UCUCCUGUCAUUCUCCUGCUCUGCCGUGUGGGGUCAUUUCCCCCCUCCCGGCCCUUCUUGGCCAGGCCCUGUCCAGGGGCCUGGAGCUGGGCCCUGGAAGGAGCCCCCUGAGCCCUCGUAGUUUAGGGCGCCCCUUCCCGUGGGGAGUGGGGGGCUGGGCUGGCGGCUCCAGCGACCCCCCUGGGCCUAGGUAGGCUUCUCUUGGGGAGCCCCUUUGGGGUGGGGUGUGGCUGGAACCCCCUGGCCUGGGUGAGCAGAAGGAGGCCUGGAGGGGGGGUUCUGUGGUCCCCCGCACCCCCAGGGUGGGCCCUGCCCCCCUUCUCCAGGACUUGGGGGAGGCAGCUGAGGCCACGGAGCUCUGCGUCAGUCUCCCAGGUUCCUGUCGUGCUUCCCCUCGGAGCAUGGGCGGCCGCUGAGCUGGCACUGGGCUUUUCGGCUGACGGGCGGCGGGCAGGGCUCCAUGGCGACGGCUAACAAAGGGAGCAAGUCCAAAGUGGGCAGCAUCCGCUUCACCAGCACGUCGCCCAGCCAAGUUGUCGUAGAAGGUUCCCAGAGCCAUGUCCACUUCGAUGAGAAGCUGCAUGACUCGGCUGUCAUGGUUACUCCAGAGCCUGAUGGCAACUUCCUGGUCAAGAUCGGUUUCCUGAAGGUCAUGCACAAGUACGAGGUGACGUUCACGCUGCCGCCGCUGCCCAAACUGGGACGAGAAGUGUGUGCUGUCCCCACCCCCAGCCUCCACCUCAAAGUCCUCAGCAUCACCCCCGUUCCUGAAGGCUUCUGCGUGAAGUGCGAGUACAUCGCCCACAAGGAAGGGGUGCUCAAGGAGGAGCUGGUGCUGGCCUGCGAGACCAACGACGGCGUGUCCGUGCGCGUGGUGCUGCAGGCCAGAGUCAUGGACCGGCACCACGGCACCCCGAUGCUGCUGGACGGCGUGCGCUGCAUGGGCGCAGAGCUGGAGUACGACUCGGAGCAGAGCGACUGGCGUGGCUUCGACUAAGAUCCUCCCUCCCGCCCCCUCGGCCCCGGCUCCUUCCCUGACCCCCUCCCCAGGGAGCGGCCCCCGGACCCAACGCUUUGCUGCUUGGAAGGGGCCGGGGCCAGGCCGGGGAGGGAGCUGCCCCAGCCAGGGGGAGCACGGGCGAGGACCCCCACCCCUUCGGCCUUAAACUCUACCCAGAAGUGUCUCGGUCUGUCGCCUGCUGCUUGCAGGGCCGGCGUCGGGUGGGUAGGUGGAGAGAGGGAUCCGGGCAUCCCCCGCGUCCUCCCCUCUGUCCUGGCUCAGGCCGGAUGGACAUCUGUCCCCUCCGGGAGAGGAGAGGCUCCUUUGUUGGGGGGUGGGGAGCCCCAACCCCCCAGCCUGAGGGUCGCCUUCCGGGCGUGUGUGGGAGGAUUUGGGGGAGCAGGCUCUGAUGCUUUGGGACCCUGGGGUGCCCCCAUUGUCCUGCCCACUGCCCUCUUGUCCCAAGCCGUCUCCCACCCUGUGAGGUCCUUGCCUCUGCCCCAAGCCCGAUUCCUAAGCCAUAGCUGGAGGAGAGAUGGCCGCCCUCCAGGCUUGCACCUGCCUUUAGCGUCGCUCCUGCUCUAGUCCAUUUGCUGCUUUAGCCGUUCACCCCCAUCACUGCCCUGGGGGGCCGGGCCGUGGGAGGAGGCUGGGCACAGCAGGGGCACGUCCUGCCCCAGCCUCCGCCAUGCGUGCCCGUGUGUGCGUGCCUGUCCUGUGUGUGUCGUUUUUUAAAAGUCGUGUUGGGGUGAAAGCCCAAAGGAAUAAAGAGACCGCGGAGACA